AAAUGCCUAUAAAAUGAAUGACAUUGAUCCUGCAGCACAUCGGGUCCAAAUAAUUGAUUGUAAACAAGCUGUUAAUAGUCAAAAAAAAUCCAAGAUUUUUGUUCACUUUCAUAAUUUUGAUAAUUGAUUGAUGAUCAGCAAAUUUAUUUAAAAGUAUUUUCCAGGAAGGCUUUCUCUCAAUAAAAAAAUUGAACCUGUGAUAGUUGUGUGAAUUAUUGGUUAUUGAUUGCGAUCUCGUUUGAAGUGCACACUAAUGAUGCCUGGAAGACUAGGGCUACCAAUAACACAGGAGAAUCCAUUAUGGAUUUCCUGGCACGAUUCCAACUGGAUCCCGUUACUGAAUCCUGCGAAUAUAAUGGAAUACUUUUCGGAAAAAUCAAAUCCUUUCUACGACCGCACUUGCAACAACGAGAUUGUUCGAAUGCAGCGACAAAGUCUUGAACUAUUGGGCAAUAUGACCGGUGUGGAAUAUAUACUGCUGCACGUGCAGGAUCCCAUCCUGUAUGUCAUUCGGAAGCAACACAGACACACACCAACGGAAGCUACCCCGCUUGCAGAUUAUUACAUUAUUGCCGGAACCGUAUAUCAGGCACCGGAUUUGGCUAGCGUGUUCAACUCGAGGAUCCUGUCCACCGUUCAUCAUCUACAGAGUUCUUUCGAGGAAGCUAGCUCGUAUUCCCGAUACCAUCCCAGCAAAGGCUAUUCAUGGGAUUUUGCUUCCAACAAAGCACUUGCGGAGAAGAACAAAACCGAGAAAAACAAAGAGACACCAGCCAAGGAGGAGCCAAGUUCGUUGUUCCAACGGCAGCGUGUAGAUAUGCUGCUGGGUGAUCUGCUUCGGAAAUUCCCCCUUCCACUUCCUCAAAUGCAUCAGCCGCAGAAUGCUUCUCAUCAGAAUCAAAAUGGCAAUGUUGGAUCGAAUAACUCCGACGGACAGGAUUCGGUAAAUAUCAAACAAGAACCGGCUGAGCAUGCAUCCAUUGACCCACACGACACUGGAGUUGGUAUUAUCAUGCCAGGGGUGAAGGAAGAGUUUCGCAGCGAUAUGAAACCACCGCCAGAGAAAAAGAUGAAAUUAUAACUAUUUUUUUUGUAUUACACAAUGAAGAACACAUGUGUGACAUAUAUUAAACGAAGCUACCUUGAAUCUUA